AUGGCUCGGUCUCUGCACAGACUUGGUCUACCGGGUGCACCCAGUGAACGUCAUCCCGCCACUAUUCGCAACAUCACCCAGCAGGCGUUCAUACCAAACCUUUCAGAUGGCGACGAAAAGGCAUAUCCAUUCUUCCGCCAAAAGGCCGUCUUCGAACGAGCAGAUGUUGGUCUCAAGCACGUCAGCUGCUCUGGAGCCCUCGUCAUCAGCACCACCGGCUCCGGCACCUCUCAGCGUGCUGCCUCUACAUAUGAUCCUCCGUUCUCUCCUUACGACUACAGUAUCGUCAUCACCCGUACUACUCUCGCCUUCGCUGUGGAUAAUAACCCGGUGUUGCGGGUUUUCUUAAAGCACACUUUCUACGCCCAAUUCUGCGCCGGAGAGAACCCAGCCGAGGUCGGACAGACCAUUGCAAACCUGAAGAGUAUCGGCUUUACGGGUGUCAUUUUAGGAUAUGCUAAAGAGGUGGUUCUCAGCGACGCGCAAACCAAGGACUUGGCCUCAUGUGGGGAGGGCAAGACGGCGGAGGAGUGCAUCCGAAUUGAAAUCAACCCUUGGGCUCAUGGCACGAUGGAAACAGUCAAGCUUGCACAGCCUGGGGAUUUCGUCGCACUCAAAUUCACAGGCGCAGGCCGUCAGGCACUUUACACCCUCUCCGAACGCCUCCCUCCAUCAGAAGCACUGACCAAUGCCAUCGAUGCCAUCUGCUCCUUCGCCGCAGUGCGAGGUGUCCGCUUGCUUUUCGAUGCCGAGCAGACUACCCUUCAGCCCGGGAUUGACGACUGGACAAUCGAUUACAUGCGCAAGUAUAACAAGCAGCCCGGGAAGGCCGUCAUCUACGGCACGUACCAGGCAUACCUCAAGUCCACGCCACAGACACUCCAGCGCCAUCUAGACGUCGCUCGCGAUGAGGGUUUCACCCUCGGCGUGAAGCUGGUGCGCGGCGCUUACAUCGGCUCCGACCCAAGACAUCUCAUCCACGACACCAAGUCUGACACCGACGCCGCAUAUGACGGCAUUGCGGAAAGCUUGCUCAGGAAACAAUGGGGCGAUGUGUUGAAGGGAGACUCGCAGAUGCCGCCCGUAAGCUUGGUCCUAGCAUCACAUAAUGCGGAGUCGGUCAGAAUGGCGAGGGCCAUCUGUGAUGCGGGCGAGGCUAAGAUUGACAUUGCGUUUGCUCAGCUCCAGGGGAUGGCAGAUGAAGUCAGUUGCGAGUUGGUGUUGAAGAAGUCGGACGGCAAUGAUACGAAGGCGCAGGCAGUAGAAGCAUACAAAUACCUCGUCUGGGGAUCGACGGGUGAGUGUAUGAAGUAUCUUCUGAGGAGGGCGCACGAGAACCGCGAUGCGGUGCAGCGGACGCGAAGUGGACGUGAUGCAAUGUGGAGUGAGCUUGUGAGGCGGAUCAGGGGCGUGAUCGGGAUAUCCCUUUAG